AUGUUAUUGCAGGUGUUGUCGUCAGUAACAAGUGGCUCUGGUUACAACAGGCUCUGGAAAAUUCAUUUGCGCAAAAGUGAAAACGCAUUACCAUGCUUUGAACUCAUGCCAGACGACGACGAGGAGAACAAGAGUGAUGAAAAAUCAGGUAGCUUCAUUGAUGAUGUCGAUAGUGAAAGGGACAGCUUUAAAGAUGAACAAGCACUGGAUAUUUCGUUUCGGGAUGUGACGAAUGCUCCCAGGCAGCAAUGGCAAUUUUUCGGUCGCAUUGGCAGCCCGCCUCCACAAGAACAAAACGUCAGCGGUUUUCGCGAUGACCUAUCUCAGCCGGUAUCGCCUAUUUUAAGACAAGUACAACCCAAGCUGCAGCAACACAAACGAAUAUGUCUCAGUGUCGCUGCUCAGCGUCUUCCCAGUUCGUUCAAGCGAAUUCCCAGACGAACACGCAUUUUGUACAUUAUAUAUUGCCUCAACCAGCGGGAAGGCUUGAUCGAAAUCCAACGCUUGAAACCCAGGAUCGAAUGCUGGUAG